AUGUCUCUAGGACGUACCUUUAAGCUUAACUCGGGAUACAAGAUCCCCGCCGUUGGUUUAGGAACAUGGUUGUCCAAACCCCACGAGGUAGAAAAUGCGGUUGAGGCAGCUCUGCGCUCUGGUUACCGUCACAUCGAUGCCGCUGCCAUCUAUCAAAACGAAACAGAAGUCGGAGAUGGCUGGAAGAAAUCAGGAGUGCCGCGCGAGGAAAUCUUUAUCACCAGCAAGCUAUGGAAUACCCACCAUCAUCCCGAAAAUGUGGAAGAGGCCGUCAACAAGACCCUCAAGGAUCUUCAGACCGACUAUCUCGAUCUGUACUUGAUCCACUGGCCCGUGGCAUUCAUCCACCAGAACUCUUUCCAGCCUCCCCUAGACCCGGUCACGAAACGCUUCAAGCUGGCAGAUGUUCCCAUUUCUGAAACAUGGAAAGCUAUGGAGGACCUCGUUCGAAAGGGCAAGGUUCGCAGUAUCGGUGUGAGCAACUUCACCGUCGAGAAGGUAGAGGAGCUGCUCAAGACCGCGACCAUCCCGCCUGCUGCGAACCAAAUCGAGGCGCACCCAUACCUACUCCAGCCAAAGCUCACUGAGUAUCUGAAGGCGAAGAACAUCCUUCCUGUCGCAUAUAGCCCACUGGGCAACAAUAUCUACGAGCUACCUCGUGUCAUCGACGACCCCCAGGUUCAAGAGAUCGCGAAGAAGCUGGAAAAGGAGCCCGCUCAGUUGUUGAUUUCCUGGGCUGUUCAGCGUGGCACUGCCGUCUUGCCAAAGAGUGUAACCCCGUCUCGGAUUGAGAGUAACUUCCAAGACUUCAUCAUCCCCGACGCUGAAUUCGAGGCCCUGAACAAACUCGACCGCAACACGCGAUACAACUACCCCUUCCGCUGGGGAAUUGACGUUUUCGGGGAGCUGGGAGCCGAAGAGGCUGAGAGACGGGCCGAGGAAUUUGCUGCGAAGUUAAGAGCGGAGCAAGCAUAG